UUUUUGACUCCUGCUCGAAUGCUACGGUUAUUUUGUUGGUAUUGAAUGACGCAAUUUUGAAUGAUUUCAUUAAAUGGUAGCUACCAAAUUUAGUGUUAGCUUGCUGGCAGAUACUCUGUGUAUACGUUGGGAUGUGUUAGAGCUUUGGAUAUGGUGGCAGAUUUGCAGUGAAGAAAGGUGACAUUUGCGCAACACAAGUUUUUGUUAUUCGUGACAAAGGAAAAUAUCUUGUCCAGAAUCGUGACCACCACAUCUAGCCAUGGACCAACUUGGCCAGAGACUUGAAGUCGUUGACAUUUCAUCGUUACCAACAUGGGGCCUAGAGGAGGAUGAUGUGCCUCAAUACACCGUCGCUAAGGAGGAUACCAGGACCUCAAGAUUUCCUUUUGACACUUCUCUGAAUGAGAAGAUUUGUGUGUGGGAAGGUGACCCAACAGCUCUUAAUGUCAUGGGUCUUGUUCAUCCAACAAGUGAACGUCUCAACGAAGCAAACCCUUUCUCAGAAAAAAUCCAUCAAUUAGCCGGUCCAAAUUUACAAAACGAAUUACAGUUGAAGAUAAAAUGUUGUAGAACAGGUGAAGCCAAGUUAAGUAAAGGGUACAACCUGCCAGCAAGAUUCAUUCUACACACCGUGGGCCCACGCUACAACGUCCGGUAUCGCACAGCAGCGGAGAGCGCCCUCUAUAACUGCUACCGAAAUGUCCUAAACCUUGCCAGAGAGCAUGAGAUUCGUACGCUCGCCGUCUGUGCCAUUAAUUCAGUCAAGAGAGGGUAUCCACCAGAAGAAGCUGCCCACAUUGCAAUCAGAACCAUCAGAAGAUUUCUUGAGAAAUACGGGAAUACAAUUGAAAGAAUAGUGUUUGUCAUACGAGGAAUAAAUGAGGAUUGUUAUCAGGAUCUGUUACGGCUUUACUUCCCACGGAAUAAAGACGAGGAGUUAUGGGCCUUAGACCUACUCCCAGCUAACGUCGGUAACGAUGACGGGGAGCCAGUUAACCCGGAACGAAAGAUAAGGAUAACCAAGGACCCUAUCAACAAAGAAAUAACAAAUGGGACUAAUUCUGACGAGGAUCUUGAUGUUGACGAGCCAGAUAUUGGACACCAUUCCUUUACUUCGAUGCAGGCCGAUCCAGACAAGAUGAAAAGAGAAGUCCUCGCCAAACCGUCCAGACUAACGGCUGAGGAAGAGCAGAAGAAAAGGUAUGAAAGAUUCUUAAAGAGGGCCAAGACGGAGGACUUAUCCGAUAUCGCUGCCCACCGCUGCAUCUACCAGUCGGGAGUGGAUAUCUACGGCAGACCCAUCGUGGUGUUUGUGGCCAGGAACUUCCCAGCUACCCUUGUAGAUCUGGAAAAGGCGUUUCUCUAUUUCAUCUCCGUUCUGGAUCCGAUCGUCAACCAGGAUUUCGUCGUCAUCUACUUCCACACGAUGAGUUCGUCCAAGAACCAGCCUGAGCUGAAGUGGCUGAGGCAAGUCUACCACGCCGUCGAUAAGCGAUACCGAAAAUUCCUCCGAGCCUUCUAUAUUGUGCAUCCAACGUUCUGGUCCCGGUUAGUGUCAUGGUACUUCACCACAUUCACAGCGUCCAGUAUAAAGGACAAAGUGAAAAGUCUGAAAGGUGUGCAUUUUCUCUACAACACCAUCCAUCCAGAUCAGCUGGACAUCCCUCCAUUCGUCCUGGACUAUGACAUGCAGGUCAACGGUAAGAGUUACUUCAAUCCAGAGGAAGGGUCAGAGGUCGAGGGCUUGUGAUUCAACCCCUUCUACGACGACAGAAAUGUAAGGUGAGACAACCAAAUCAAUGCAAUGAUGAUGUCAUCAAGGAACCCUGUAUGUGCCUAGCCUGUAGAGGGCGCCCUUCACCCAACUGGAAAAUGCUACUUUGACUUCGUGCAGGGCCAUAUUGUUUUGGCAGACAAUUUUGCCCCCCAAUUUUACGUUAAGCAACAAUUAACAAGAUACCAGUCGCUGAUGGUGCUUGUGACAUGGUACUUUAACUGAUAACCUUAUUCUCGUAAGCAUGAUUAUUUUUGUGCAUAGCUACUUUUUGUGGCUUGAGAAGUUCUAUGAAAUAGUGUAAUUAGCAUAUUAACCCAAAAGGAUCCAAUAAUUAAACCUGUAUCACAGAUAUUUAAAUAAUGGAAUUCUUAUCUGGUUAUCGCUUUGGUUUACAUGAACAAUCUGCUGCUGCAACAAUGUUUAUUGCAAUUGAACUUAUUUAAUAAUUUACAAAUCUAAAAAUUAAUAUAUUUAAUAGGAAUGGUGGCGGCAACAUCAGAUUAACAAAAUGGAGAGUAGGUUUUUGAAACUUGUUAUUAUAAGACAGCAAUCUAGAAAGUAUAAAGUUCCUUUGUAAAUACUUUCCUUUUUUUUGGGGGGGGGGGGCUUCACAGUGUUGAAGGGCCCCUAUGCAUUUGGACUAGAACAUUUUAAAACUGGCAGAAUUUAACAGCAUUUUGUCCAAAAUGAAAAAAAUGUGUUGAAUUGUAUAUACAUGUAAAUGUAAAAAACCUUCUAUUGAAACCAAAUCCAGAAAUUUACAAAAGAACUCUGCGAAAGGUUUAGUUCAGGCCAAUACUUAAAAGUGAUUUUUAUUUAGUAUUAGUUUUUUAUCAUUUGCCCUCAAGAACAUCUUCUUGAGAAUUUGCCUUUGAAAGGGAAAGUUUGCCUUUGGUCUUUGGAAGUGUUCAAUUUUGUUAAUCCUAUAGAAAUAGAGAUAGUACACAAUAAAACUAACCUGAGAUUAUAUUUCAUUUCAAAAGGUGGUUAUGUCUUUGAGAUAUCGCCAAAAAAUCCAGAAUGAUUUUAGCCACGUAGGAAGAAAAGUCAGAGAAAUGUAUGUGACAGUAACUUUUCUCAGAUUCUAAUUUUUGGGAAUAAUAAAAACUUAUAUAUUUUUCCAUAACCACAUUAGUGACAUUGCUUCAAAGUGCUAUGGUUCCCAAAACACUUUAUACUAAUCGCAAUCUACCCAAGUAAGUUUUUAUUACCGUUCAUUAAAAGAGGGAUAGCCAAAGUAUAUCUUUCCUUUAAAGACACUGGACUUUGUUCGAAAUUGUCAAAGACCAGUCUUCUCACUUGGUGUAACUCAACAUAUG